CAAAUAUCACGGAAAACGUUGGCAUAUAUAAGUAACAGUUAUCUAGCUAUGGAGUACCUACUACAAGUCCCUAGGUUGAACAAACAGAUUAAAGAUUUGUCUACAUAUUUUGCUCGAAAAUACUAUACUACCUGCAUCGUGUUCUUCGAUCAUUUUCGAAGAAAACGCUUAGAAUAAUUGAAAUCUAACUCCACUUGGGCGACAGCAAUCACCGAGCAAAUGGACUCUAGGGGAAAACAUGUGGUUUUUGUGUAUGGUACCCUUAAAAAAGGAGAACCGAACCACUCGCGCUUUUCGAAAAUCACUGGAGGUUCCUACAAAUUCCUGGCUGAUGCGAAAACCAAAGAAAAAUAUCCUCUCAUCAUAACAACCAAAUAUAACAUUCCAUUCCUUUUAGAGAGUCCAGGAAACGGCACACAUGUUAAAGGAGAAUUAUACGAGGUGGACGACAAAGUACUGACAGAUCUAGAUGUUCUUGAGGAUCAUCCGAAUUUCUACACAAGGAAAUUGUAUGACGUCCUAACAUUGGAUGGCCAAAAUAUAUCUAAAGUUUGGAUUUAUAUGAUUGAACAGUUCAAACCAGAUUUACUCAAUGAAAUAUUCUAUGAAAGCUAUAGCAGUUUAGGAAAUCACGGGAAAAAAUUCGUGGAAAGGUAUAACUACUCUAGAGAUAUAGUACCUAUGGUUUCAGAGAACUAUAGCUACUGCAUAGAAUUUUAUAAUUGAUGAGUUUUUUCAUUGUAGGGAGAACUACCCACUGGAAGAAUUGAAUUUGAGAUGAAAAUUUAGCACAACAUGCAUGGAUUUUAGAUUAUUUAUGAAUUUUGUGUUUGGUGCUGAAUAAAAAUAGGUGAUAUAGUUAUUCAAAUUCUUUCAGAACCUAAAACAGCAAUAAUAUAAUCAA